UUUGCUCCCAUCAUUACAGCCCGUGGCAAAAAGAAGGAAAAGAAGAAGUACUUGUUGCCCCUAUUGUUGCUCUUCAAAUUGAAAAUGGCCGCAUUAUUGCCCUUGGCAAUUGGUUUCUUGGCUUUGUUGUCGUUCAAGGCUUUGGUCAUUGGUAAAAUCGCAUUGAUUUUGUCCUCCAUCAUUGGUCUGAAGAAAUUGUUGGAGAAGAAGGAAAACUAUGAAGUAGUGUCUCAUCCUCAUUACGACGAGCACAGUUAUGGACGUGCGUUACGUGAUGCCCAAAAUUUGGCCUACAGUGCUUACAAGAAAUAA